UUCUUAUAAACGAUUAUGAUUGGAUAGGGAAACUUAACAUAGUACCAGUAGGCUGCUGUCUGGCCACUAUUAUAUAGAAUACAUAGCUUCUCUUAUGUGAACAUUUUGUUUAUAACACUCUUAGCAGGCUAUAGUGUUACUCAUAAAUGCUCAGAGUAGCUCUACAUCCGACAUGCACAAUGAAAGGAAAGUAUUUGGGAGAAUUUGUCCCAACAGACUUGGGAACUGUCACUCCCGGACUGAAGACAAGAAACCUGCCACACAUUGUGGAAAACAGGGCUCAGCAAAGAACGCAAAGAACAAUGUACCGGUUCCCAUCUAUAUUGAAGAGCAUAUCAGUAUCGUUGACGAAGCCUUUGCAACAAUUGCAUGGGAAGACCUGGCCGAUUGCACUUCCGUGCUGAGGCGCGAGGGUGACUCCACUGACCACCAGAUGCACGUGUCGGGGUUUGAGAUCCAGGACUUCGUGGAUUCGACUGUCAGCUUCAUCCCGGAAUCCCCCUCUCUGCUGGACUGCAGUGCCUGCUCCAGCGGCAGCCUUCCGCUCUCCGACUGCAGUUUGUCUGAGUUCUCAGGAUGCUCUGUUCUCCCCGUCUCCUCUCUCCUGGACACGCCUCCCCGGGGGAGCCUGUCACCUGCCCCCCCAGUACCCCCCCAGGCCCAGACCCAGGCCCCGCCCCCGGACUCGCCUCAGGACCAGCUCUUCUGGAGCAAUCUGGCUGAGCACCAUCAGAAGGCUUUAGGAGAUGCCCUGGAUGCCAACAACCAGCUUUGCCUCACGCUCAACAAAAAGCAGGAGGAAACCAGGGUUCUACAGCAGCAGAACCUGCACCUGAAGGAGCUGGCCAAUCAGGCCAAGCACCUGGCCUCUGUCCUCAGUAGGCUGAUCGGACCCAGCGGAACCCCCCCACCCCCCGGAGCGCCCCCCGCGCUGCACAGCCCCACCAAGAGACGCAGGCUGGAGGGGCGGUCGGAGGCGGGGUCUGGUACGGAGGCAGGGGCGGAGGGCGACGGCGAGGGCGUGCCCGCGGGCGAGGAGGUGCGGCAGAUCCUGCGGGACGUUUCGGAGCGAUGCCGGGCCGUCCUGCAGGAGCGGGCCGGGGGCGGGCUGCCGAGGCCCAGGAUGCACGGGGCCUUCCAGGGCCUGCUCACAUCCACCCCUCAGAGCCGCCAGCGCCGGCGAGCGGACGAGGAGGAGGAGGAGGGGGAGGAGGAAGAGGAGAGCACGGCCUUCAGGACCUCCAUCAGGGACCACUGCACCAUCCGGACGCUGGCCUUCCCCCAGGGGCACGCCUUCACCUCCCGAACCCCACAGGGGGGCUGCCGCUUCCGGUGGAUUCCCAGCUAGAGCGGACUGAGCUACCUCCACCCACUCCCACUGCCACACACACACACACCGGUCUCACAACCACAUCUCCGUUUAACACACACUCAUUUCCACAUUCUCUCUCAUUUACAGCAAUGAACAGAGUGCCACUGUAAUGCAGCUAUCGUUAUCGUUUUAAACACUGGUGGAAAAAUUCAGGCUCAGGAAGUAAAAGUCCCCCCCCAGUAUUUCGUUCCAAUCACCUGGAUUUGCUAAUUUGUGCAAUUCUUCAGCCAGGAGGUAGAACUAAUUAGUGAAAUCAAAUAAAUCAGAGUUUAUGGGUGGUAGAAACACAUGACAGGACUUUUACUUGCCGACAUUUGGACGUUUCGUCUGAUUUUCUCCCUGCGAGUGUACAUGUUCAGCACAGAAAUGGUUUCAGAAUGGCUCUUUAAAAGAAGGAUAUGUUCUAUUCUGUUAUAAAUCCGCAUUAAUAAACGCUCCCACGGAGCUGCUGGCUGUUCUCUUUAUAUAUAUGCUGUAAAAUAUUGCUAUCACUAUGUUUUUUAUUCUGUUUUCUGUGUCUUGUCUUUUAUUUUGUAAUAUUUUUCAGUUAUGGAUAAAAUAUUUAAUUUUUAAUUAAAAAUAAAUAUAUUUAUAUGAACUUUUUUUAAUGAAAUUGAUUAGCAGAUUUUAGAUCCCUGUUGGCUGAUGCUCUCCACUCCACUGCUCCAUCUGCACAGGUUCAAAUCCCAGGGGGGUCACAGCCAUAACAGUUACUUCACCUGAAUUACUUCAGUAAAAUACCCAGCUGUAUAAAUGGGUUGUACGAAAAAAAUGUAAUCUGUGUAAGUCGCUCUGGAUAAGAGCUGUUAAAUGCCUAAAAUGUAAAUAAACAUGAUCUUUGACUCUGGCAGUUAUGUCUU